AUGGAUAUCUCGACGGAUGAGAAGUCCAAAGAGGCACUCUAUCAAUCUGAAGUUAUCGACAAGUCCAGUGAACGACCACCUUCCUAUUCGGCCGACCAGGUCGAGCAACCGCCACUAGAACUGCCACAGCUAGAUCUGAGUUCUCAUCUAUCUUCUUCCACUACCGUCACUCGCGAUCAGUGCGUUGCACAUCUCAAGUUUCUGGCUGUGCUUGCAGAUCUGCGAGACACCAUCUCUAGUGAUGACGGGCUCUUUGGUAUCCACGAUGCCGUGGCUGAAGAAUUCCAAAGAUCCCCUGAUCGAAUGAAUGAAGCGCGGGCUCGUAUUCGUGAAAAGCGCUGGGCUGUAUAUACAGCACGCGCGGUCGAUCGAUAUACCACGUGGUGGGCUGACGGCCUUCCCCGGUCAAGGCCGAUGGCAACUAUUAAUGACUUAGAGAGCGAGGGUUAUGAAAACAUCCUUGUUUGUGACACUAUAGUUGCAUGGGACACGGAUAAUCUACCUCCGCUGGACAUCUUGAUGGUCUGGCAUGCUCACUGUUUGAAUCCCCGGAACUUCCUUGAGGAUUGCAUUCGAUACGGUAAAAUGAGCACCUGGGUAACAGGGUUUCCAUGGGAAGUGAUAGAUCGCUGCAUUAACAACCACACGAUGGAGUAUACAGUUUCUGAACAAGGACAGCGGCUGUUCGAGCAGAAACUGAAUAUCAAGUGGAACAAUCUACACGACCCGCCAACUAAACAAGUCAACUGCCCCUGCUGCGGACGGGUGAACGAUGUCCCGUGGACAAAACCUUUCCUCGGAACUCUUAGUGAACCCUUCAGAUUUAACCAAGGCUACGCCGAUGAUUCAUUUACGGAGAUAUGCGUCGGCUGUCUACACGUAAUUGACCAUGGCCGGCUCAAGGUGGCAAAGUUUCGAAAAGACCUUGAAGCAACUCUUUACGAAAACCUCCCUAUGCCCGGGUCGUUCACCAAUCUCCAAGGAAUUCCCGAGGGGAGCAGUACUGAGACCAACCAUGGUGCCCUCCGAGACAUGCUAUUCCCCACACGAAUCCUCCAAGUUGCCGGAAGGGACUUGAUGGACUUCACUGACGGUCGAGUGGAUCGGUGUCAGACUGUCGCCGAGCUGAGGAACCAAAUCGACGUCACGCUAUGGAACAAAAAGAUAUUGAAGCAGACACAUGGUGCCUACAUUGAUACCCUCCGGCGUGGCGAGGACCUCGUGGGCGCUGUUAUCAGACAAGGGACCUUCGUGGAUAAAAUGGACCAAAUCGACUGGCUGCACUCGCCAACAGUCUUCGACACCAUGGGCCGGCUCAUUAAAAAGUACGAAGUGUUCUUCCGGAUUAUGCUAGAGAACCCACAUAAUAUCGCCGUACCCACACUGGACGUCGACCUGGCCUGGCACACCCACCAACUCAGCCCAUCCCGGUACUACAAAUACAGCACGUCGAAUGUACCCUUUGGUUCUAAACGUACGUUCAUCGACCACGACGACAAAGUCGACGAGGGAAAAACUCUCCGACGGCUUUGCCUGGACCAGCAAAAUGCAACCCGAGCACCAGACCUGUAUAACCGGUUGAUCCCUGUUGGCUCUAUCUCUCGCGCGCGAACUGCUGCAGACCGCUUGCACGAUCGCCGCGAUAUCUCAUCCGACCCAAAGAAGAACCCACAUAUCUCUUCGCACAACGCCGUGCGGCCAGACGACACGUAUAAGUACCAGCAUAGACCUAUGAAAGAUAAGCGUUCUAUACAACGAACGCGUCUAAAGAGCGACUACGAAAAGGCCGUCCGGCGUGCGGAGAAGCGCCGUCAACGAUCCGACUCCAAAUCUUCUGAUAAUAAGAGCGACCCUUACUACACACCUUAUGCAUUUGGUUACCCCAUCGUGAUGCCAUUCUAUGCACCGUACAUGAUGGACCCGUCCAUCAACUGUCAUUCGUACGCAAAUAACCCUAGCUGCAUGGGUACUGGUCUGGGUGACGUUGGGAACUGUUGUGCUGGCACGUGUGGUAAGUUCUUACACAUCCUGCUGGGGGUGCCUGCGCAGGAGGCUGUAUGGGUGGAGGAUGUGGUAAGUCUCUUUGUGAACCUCGACUUGCAAUAG